CCGCGCGGCGGCGCGCGCAGGGAAGAUGGCGGCGCCCAGCGCGGCGGGGCUGGGCCGGCGGCUGCGGGCGUGGCUGCCCCGGAUAAUGCCCGUGAGAUGGAGCCGCUACAACCCCAGCUACCUGGAGCCAGAAGUGAAAAAGGAAUCACAUCAGAAACCUUUAGAGGAGCUGACAGAGGAGGAAAGGGAACAAAUGGAGCUUAAGGCUGUUCGACCCAUCAAAGCUGCUCCUCCCAGUCUCUCCAGUUCCGUGUUCAGCGACCCCAUGAUCAGUAAAUUCACCAAUAUGAUGAUGAAGAGUGGAAAUAAAGUGCUGGCCAGAAGCCUCAUGUCUCAGACUCUGGAGGCCAUCAAAAGGAAGCAGCUGGAGAAGUACCACAAAGCUCCAGAAAAUGAGAAGGAGACAAUUGAAUGCAACCCCUACGUCAUUUUCCACCAGGCUCUCAAGAACUGCCAGCCCAUCAUCGGGCUCAGCAACAUCACCAGAGGAGGCAAAACCUACCAGGUGCCCGUCCCGCUGACGGACAAUCGGAAGCGCUUCCUGGCCAUGAAGUGGCUGAUCACCGAGUGCAGGGAGAACAAGCACCGCCGGACACUGAUGCCAGAAAAGCUCUCCCAGGAGCUGCUCCAGGCCUUCAACAACGAGGGGCCUGUCAUCAAGAGGAAGCAUGUCCUGCACAAGAUGGCAGAGGCCAACCGGGCGUACGCCCACUUCCGCUGGUGGUAGGGACCCUGCGUGGGACACGCUGCCACGGCCUGGAGAGCAGAGCCCCAGGGCUGCCAGCCUGGGAGACAGCAAUGGGGAAUAUCCCUUGCAGGCAGCUUCUGUUCUAACCCAGGGAAAGCUCACACGAUCCCCACGAGGUUCUUUUUCUUUGUGCUUGUUUGGAUGGGGGAAGGGGGAGUCUGAGGUACCAGCCUCAGUGGGGCUGCUCCACUUAGUUCAUAAUCACUUCCCUGUGAAGACAAGCCUUAGAUGUUUUUCUUACAGCAACGCUAAACAAAACCAUCUUUCACUUACCUGUUUCCUGGGGAUCUGAAAGUCUCUGCUCCUCAAAUCAGCAAUGUUUUUGGCUGCAGAGCUGAGAGCAGAGCUGGAUCCUUUUCCACAGGGAUUGGUACAACAGGCAAUAAAAGGCCCUUUUUGAUUUUGGCCAUCAGCAACAUGGUCUGCACAGAUUUGCUGGGAAUGUGGACAAAAUAAAACCAGUUUUAUGGGAAAGGUUUCCCAGUUCCAGACUUUUGUCUUUGUUGCUCCAGGUGCCCUGGUUGUGUAAAGCCCUGAGGCCCUAGACUGUAGCAAACAGAGUUAUCUCAGCCUUAGGGCUUCAGUCAGGAGCAACCCUUCAGUGUUGCUCAGAGCUCAGCAGCUGUGCAGGAAGAAAGCAGGGCAUACAUUAGUGGAAAACUUUUAUUAGAAAAAAAUCCUUCAAUAGACUAUUUUGUUUCAUUUCUUCCUCUCCCACUCUUAUAAGAAAUAUACCGUAGCUGAAACUUGCAAAUUCUGGAAAAAAGUGACAGUUAUUGUAUAAAACCUAUAAAACC